CCGCUGCAGCCAGUCAGAAUGGAGGCCUUCGAUGAGGAGCAGCAGGCUGAGUGGAAGCGCUUGAUGCUGGCUGUCACCUAUAAGGAGACCAUUGAUAAGCUGGUGCUGCAGCAGCGCUCGCAGCGCCUGAAUAUGCAAAAGCCGCCGGCACGGCUGCCCGCCUCCUUGCGCAGGCUGCGCAGCUCAUCCAUUGGCCAGCAGGCGUUGCCUCAGCGCCUGCUGCUCACGGGCAAGAAGCUGCCGCGACUGGAGUCCUUGCUGGGCGACACAGAUCUGGAUGACGUCCAGGUGGAUGAGCGUGUGCUGGAUGCGCUGAAAUAUGAACGAGAUUUGGACGCACUGCGUGCUUUUGUUAUGGCCGCCAAUGAGCAGCUGUUCAUGACCCAGGAGGAGCUGGAGAACGAAAAGCCCAGUCGCCUGGAGCUGGCGAUUAGUGACCUGAGCGGCAACAACAGCGAAGAGUCUGUGGCAAUGAAGGAGCUGCAGCGCUCCAAGGACGAGCAGAUUCAGCUCAAGGCUGAACUGGAGCAGCUGGAAAUCGACGGGGCGGCCAAGCUGAAGGAGAUGGAGGAACGCAUCGCCGAUGCCAAGUACAAUCUGAAGUGCGUCUCGCGGGUCAACGACUUGGAGUUCAGUCUGGUCGAGCGCUGGGAGGCGGCGCGCGUGACUCAGGCCCAGAUCUGGGGCGAGAAUGCCGAGCGAGCCUACCUGCGAGACAUACUCGACUACAAGCAGCGUCUGGCACGCGAGGAGCGCGUCGGCCAGGAGCUGAACGCCUUUCGCAGUCGCGAGCUGGCCGACCUGCGGGAGCGCAUUGAGCAUUGGCAGCAGCGCUAUGCCACUGAGAUGCGACGCGUUGAGCGCGAGACGGAGGCCUGGCAGCUCCGCAUCCUCGAGCAGAACAAGUUGCUGGCGCAUCAUCGCGAGCUGAACGCCCAGCACAGGCAGUUCGUUGCUGAGUAUACAGCCAGGAAGGAGGAGGAGCAGCGGCUGCACGAUCUGGAGGUGCAUCGCAUUGAGUGCGCCGUCAGGCUGCAGGCCUGGUGGCGCGGCACCAUGGUGCGACGCGGCCUGGGCCCCUUCAAGAAGAAGCCGAAGCGCGGCAAACGAUCCAAGCCCAAGAAGUAGACAAAUUAAAUGCAAUCCAAUGGCAGUUGAGCCUUUGCCUUUGCCUUUGCCUUAUGGAAAUUCACUCGUGCCUUAAAACCAAUUAAAAAGUUGGCUCGCUGCAGUUAACACGUUAGCGGUCAACGGCUGGCGUCAGCCUUAAUGGCUUGCCGGCAUUGUCAACAGCCUUGGCCAUUGUUUACGCGCCGCUAAUGGGCCAGCAGUCAUCACAGUGCUCUGCUGCUGGCACUGACAGCAGAAGGCAGCAGCGGCAGCAGAGGUUGCUGCAGCAGCUAAAGUUGAAGUUGGUAUUAAAGCUUUUUUUCUUUCUUUUUUUGUAUUUUUUGCUCUUAUUAUUUGAAUUUUUCCUCUUUUUUCAUCUGCUCAUGUGCAUAGCUGGGAUGCAUGGCGCCAUCCAAGUGGUUUCCAGUAGCAACAAUGGCCUGCUUGGCAGUCAGUUUGUUAUUGUCGUUGCUUUUGCUUUCAUUGUUUGCGCGCUGUUGGUGCAAGGCUAUAAACAGCGACAAUUUGCCCGCUGAAUGGGUGCAACUUUCUCUCUGUCAGGCUCAGCAGAAGCGCAAGCACAACUUGCCAAUGUAUGCCUGUGUAUGUGUGCGUGUGUGUGUGUGCAUUGUAAUUUAAAAUAUAAUUAAUGGCCGUUGCCUUAAUUUAUUGAAUUUGCAUGGGCGCCGAGCACGUUGCCAUUCCCUGUUUCACUCUGACCGUGCGCCCACCACACGGCCCGCCUGGCCAACUGCUAGCCUGGCUGUUAUUGUUUGGCUUAAUGCUCACUUUUGUUUUAUACCCUGGCACUCGCAACAACAAUAACUACCCAAUAAUGACUGCCGCAAGUCCAUUUUGUUGCAAGGCCUUUUGUCUAUUUGCUGACGGCUGAAUUAAUGGAAGAUGGCGUGAGAAGAAUACAAAAAUAAAUAUAAAAAAGAAAAAUAAAAUACAAGCAAAAAUGUGAAAGGCACAGCAACCAUUUUUAUGCACACAUCCAUAUGAAAUAGCACGAAAAUAUUGCUGAAAAGAAAAUGUGAACGAAGGCGUAUAUUGUUAAUAUGUAUAUUCCACAUAGAACUAAUUGGGAGUAGCUUAAAGGGCUAUGCAUAGCUCUAUAUUAAAUCUGAGUUAUUUGAAUAUGAUUAGUUCUUGUAUGGUAA